CUCUCACUGCUUUUUUACCUCGUCUUUUGCUCCAUUGAUAUCUUGAAUCAAUUUGAGGAACACGCAUUAUGCCUGAUCUGUUUCCACUAUUCGAUCCUGAAUUAGAUAUCUCAUACCUUGAUAUCUUUCAGCCAUUACCUCUCCGACCAUACCAACGUGCAAAUGUCGAUCGAUCCUCCAAGAUCUCUUAUACACACGAUACCACGACAACCAAACCAACUUCAACACAUACCACAACUACAACAUCAAAGUUCACCACAGGAAACAACAACUUUUACUGCAAGGAGUGCAAGAAGAAAUUCAACAAUGAUGCCACCAUGCAAAACCAUUUGAAAAGUGCAAAACAUCUAGCAACUGUCAAAAAAGCUUCUGGUGGAAAAAAGUUAGCUACAACAACCAAACAAAGUAGUGGUAGUGAUCAAAACGAAUUCAUCGAUCCUGCAACAACAGAGUCAUUACGGAAAAUGGAUAGUAUUGGCAAUCUGUCACCUCAACAAGCUGUACCUUCCUACUUUGAAGUAUCUCGAGAAUUUUAUAAGCAACGACGACCUCUUUAUACAGCAAAUGCAUUAUCUGCUUUGAUAUCUUUAAAUCAAGACAUAGAUAUUCAUUGGGAUGCUCAGUUGGUACUGGCUCGAUUAUACUGCAUAUACAAUGGUCAAAUGGAAUUGGCGUACGAUAAUUAUUUAAAUGUAUUAGAAGGCAAAUGGGGAAUCAAGAAAAACGAUCUAUUAUUAUUGGCCAAGCAAUGUGGAAAAAAGGAUGCGAUGGAAUUCAAAGAAAUAUGUCAUCAAGCUGCAAAAAGUAUAUCACAAUCAUUAUAUUUAUUGUCCUUACUAGAGGAAUGUGCUGGUGCUUUUGCUCAAAAGGGUACUAUAGUGACGGGAUAUGAUAAUAUAGCAGAAAAACUGGCAAUUGUAUUUUAUGAAUUUGCGUUUACUAUCAGUCCUGAUAAGGAACGAUCUUAUUUAUUUUGCCCCAUGAUAUCGCAGAUUUAUGAUGCAAUUGGAUUGACUUUAUGUUCAAUGGAUACACAAUUGUUUUAUGGAACUCACAUGGCAAUGACAGGUCUUAAAUAUGAAUCCAUGGUACUUUUAUUCUCCCUUUUUUUAAAGGCGAUAGAAAUAGAUGAUUAUUUACGAAUGGAUAAAAUUUAUCAACACAUUUUAUCAUUGAAUGGUAUCAUUUAUCCCGAUGUAAAGUUAUUAUCAAAAAUUUCUGUGGCUCGGUGCAACCUUGAUCAAGCCUCCCUGGACAAUGAUUUGAAGAGCGACAUUGAUCAUAUUGAACUAUUAUUGUUAACAAAUACAGCUGAUUCUCAUUUAUUAUUAUUAGAUUCCUUAGAACAUGGAUUGCAGUUAGAUUAUUUGAAUAGAUUACGUCGUUGUCUUUUAUUAGAUUAAAGAUAUUCUUUUUUAUUUA